GGCAUUUUUUAACUAGGGUUCUACAGACCGGCUGGCUGUGGCCGUUUGGAUGAAGUUAGGCAGUUAGUUAUAUCAGCUACUUCAUUAAAGCAAGCUAACAGCAGCUAAACUAACUUUAGCAGAGCUUUCUGCAGAUAUUCACCGCUCGCCUGGGUACAGACAUGUCCUCUCCUGUGUGUAAAGAGCCGCUCGGUUGUUGUAAAGGUGGUCGGGUUGGGAAUUAUGUGAUACGUGAGAAAGUUGGGCAGAAUGUGUUCAGAGCAGCUCAUGUUCACAGCGGCCAGAAGCUCCAGUGUAAGUUUCCCAUCUCUAGAUAUUUGCAGUCAGUGGCCGUCUACCUUCACCUUCCUGUCCAUCCCAGCCUUCCUGAGAUAACUGAUACUGUUGUUCAGGAUAUGAUGGCAUAUGUGUUCUUUGAUCUGAGCUAUGGUAACAUGCAGACAUACGUUCAGACCUCAAGAAGCUUAGAAGAAGAUGAAGCUUCACAACUCUUUCAUCAGAUGGUGUCUGCUGUGGCACAUUGUCAUUGUCAUGAUGUUGUUCUGCGUGACCUGAAAUUACGAAGAUUUGUGUUUAAAAAUAAAGAGAGGUCCAGACUGAUGCUGGCCAGCCUUGAUGAUGCAUGUGUAAUGGACAGAUGUGAUGAUUUUUUGUAUGGAAAGCACAGUUGCUCUAUCUAUUACACCAGUCCAGAAGACCUGCUGGAAGAGGGCAAGUACUCAGGGAAGGCAGCAGAUGUCUGGAGUCUUGGAGUUAUGCUAUACACCAUUCUUGUUGGACGAUACCCUUUCACUGGUUCAGACUCCAGCAUUAUCUUCAAAAAAAUCCAGAGGUGUAGCUUUAAUAUUCCAGAGAUUCUCUCCCCUAAAGCCCGGUGUCUGAUACAGAGCAUCCUACGUCAGGACCCAUCAGAACGACUAAGGGCAGAAGAAAUCCUAGACCACCCUUGGUUUUCGUCUCCUAACUCUGGGAAUGUGUGGAGGAGUAUGAUCUACUGCCAAGAUGAUGAUCAGAUGGUCCCAGAAUUGUGUAGCUGUGAUCCAGGCAGCUGAUCUGUGUUAGCUGAUCUGAUCUGAUCUGUGUUGUGAUAUGUGAGUUAGUUACUGAUCAAAAUCUAACUCUCACUAUUUUCUAAACUUUGUAAUAGCUGGAAAAAUAUGAAAAUAUGUUUUCAGUUAGCAUGAAAUUACAUUUUUAAUAAAAUGUUAAAAUAAAAACAGAACAUGCCAUGACCAAUAGAUGGCAAUCAUGCUUCUUAGGGUGAAUCACUUUGCACUGAGAAAAUAAAGUACAUGUUUAUGGUCACUGAAAUAA